AUGCGCGCCCAGCAGCAGAGCGGCAGCAGCAGCACAGCCCCAUGGCAGUGGCAGCGGCGGCGGCGGCAGCAGCAGCACCAGCAGCAACCAAGGCAGCAGCAGCAGUCUCAAAGCAGCACCAAUGGCCGGAUUAUAAUGCGGCGUGAGAUCAAGAUCCUCCGGCUGUUCAUGCACCCCCACAUCAUCCGGCUGUACGAGGUCAUCGAGACGCCAUCCGACAUAUAUGUAGUCAUGGAGUACGUCAGGGGUGGCGAGCUGUUCGACCACAUCGUGGAGAAAGGGCGCCUGCCUGAAGACGAGGCGCGCCACUUCUUCCAGCAGAUCAUAUCCGGGGUGGAGUACUGCCACCGCAACAUGGUGGUGCACAGGGACCUGAAGCCGGAGAACCUCCUUUUGGACAGCAGCAUGGCGGUCAAGAUCGCGGACUUUGGACUGUCCAAUGUUAUGCACGACGGCCACUUCCUCAAGACCUCCUGCGGCAGCCCAAACUACGCCGCACCAGAGGUCAUCAGCGGCAAGCUCUACGCGGGCCCCGAGGUCGACGUGUGGUCGUGCGGCGUGAUCCUGUACGCGCUGCUCUGCGGCUCCCUGCCCUUUGACGACGAAAAUAUCCCAAACCUGUUCAAGAAGAUCAAGGGGGGGAUAUACAACCUGCCGUCACACCUCAGCCCAGGCGCGCGCGACCUGAUACCGCGCAUGCUGCUGGUGGACCCCCUCAAGCGCAUCACCAUCCCGGAGGUGCGGUGUCACCCCUGGUUCACCGCGCGGCUGCCGCGAUACCUGGCAGUCAUGCAGGCGGACGCAGCCAUGACGCGGCCGCGCAUGGACAGCGACAUCAUAGCGGAGGUCACGCGCCUGGGCUUUGAUCGGGACAUGCUGAUCCAGUCGCUGCGGGGCCGGGAGCAGAAUAAGGCCACGGUCACCUACUACCUGAUCGCCGACAACCGCCGCCGCACGCCCAGCAGCGGCUACCUGUCGGGGGAAAUGCAGGAGGUCGGCAGCAGCACCCCCGGCGGCUUCGGCGGCGGCGGCGGCGGCCAGCACGGCGGGCACGCGCACCAGGGCGGCGGCGGGCACGGCGGCGGCGGCGGCGGCGGCGGCGCGGGGCUCCCGCAGCAGCGGCUGGUGGCGGAGCGGAGGUGGCGGCUGGGGGUGGCGGCGCGGGGGCACCCGUCGGCGCUGAUGGGCGAGCUGUACAGGGCGCUGCAGGCCAACCGCAUCAGCUGGAAGAAGACGGGGCCUUACAAUUUGAAGUGCCGCCGCGUCGUCACUCUACACCCGUCCCGCCUGUGGCGCAUGAGCGAGGACGGGGAGGAGCAGCAGCAGCACCACCACCACCAGCAGCACCACCAGCACGAGCUCGUUCGCAACAGCAGCGGCGGCGUGCGGCGGUUGCCGCACCAGCAGCAGCAUCACAACAGCAGCGGCGAUGGAGGGGGGGAUGCCAUGCAGCAGGACCCCAGCUCGCACCACCCCUUGGAGUUAGAGCAGCAGCAGCAGCACCACAACCACCAUCAGCAGCAGCAGCAGCAGCAGCAAGCGGCGGCCGCCGCGGCCGCCGCCGCGUUCGGCAAGAGCGCGCCGAUACCCCUCGCGUCGCCCGGCCACCUCGCCGCACGCGCGGAGGCGCAGGCCGCGGUGGCUGGCGGCGGCGGCGGCGGCGCGGGCGGCUCGCCGGGUCGGGGUGGCGGCGGGGCGCGCGCAGGCGGCGGCAGCGGCGGGGGCGCAGGUGGGGGUCAGGCGGUGGAGUAUCUUGUCAAGUUUGAGUGCCAGCUGUACAAGCUGAGAGAUGAGGAGUACACGGUGGACGUCCAGCGCCUGGAGGGGGACGUCUCCGUCUUCCUGGAC